AUGACUAGUGCACAAGUAAUUGCGAUUUUCGUUCUGCUGACCACCACCGCUCUGGCGACGGCCAACAAAGACUGGGGAUACGGCGGCGGAAACAACGGUGGCUGGGGUGGCGGCGGCGGGUUCCCAAGGCACCGACCGGUGGAGGAUCACUACAGCCCCCGGAAGGUGGUGGUGGGCGGGAAUCAGACGCAUUGGCAGUUCGGCUUUGACUACACCAACUGGGCCAUGCGCAACGGUCCCUUCUUUGUCAAUGACACUUUAGUGUUUAAGUAUGAGAUGCCGGCGGGCAACAGUAGUUCGCGGCCGCACAGUGUGUACCAGCUGCCGGACCUGCGGAGCUUCCUGAGGUGCGACGUCAGCAAGGGGAAAAUGCUGGCCAACUGGACCGACGGCGGCGGCGAAGGGUUCGAGUUCGUGAUGGGCAAGUGGCAGCCUUACUUCUUCGCCUGCGGCGAGGCUAAUGGAAUCCACUGCAAUAUUGGGAAGAUGAAGUUCUUCGUCAUUCCAUUCCUCCGCCGUUGGAACUUCUGA